CACGCAGCUUUGCUCACAUUGGAGAUGGAGCAUGCGGGAUCCGUGAGUCUUCUCUCUCUCUCGCAGCUCGCAUCCGCUAUUUAGAGACAGAGAAAGGAAAACAACCUGGAUGCAUCUUCUAUAUCUGAUUAAGUAAUUCAGGAUUUAUUCUGGACAAUAACAACCUGGAUUGUUUGCCUGCGACUGCACCUCCGUGUCUUUUUCCCCCCGUCCAGCUGUUUACAACAUCUGCAGCCUAUAUCACACACAGGCACACACACACACACACACACACACACACACACACACACACACACACACACAUCCAGGGUUUAUUCUAGGCAGGAUCGGAGCCGUUGGCGGCUGCUGAUACAUUGCGAUGCUUCUCCUGCAGCAGCGGUGAUGUGAUGGCGUGAGGGGCAGUGAGCUGAAGCCCAGUGAGGAGGUGAGGGACGAUGCCCGGUGCAGCGGGCGCAGGACACCUGCUACCCCGGCCCUGAAUGCAGCGGAGAGAGACACCUUAGCGGGUGUCCCCACCUUCAGCCCUGGAUGCUGCGCCGCAGAAUGGGAUACGCCGACCCGUCGUCGGGCAAAGACAUUCUCGGCAAUCGCUCCCUUUGUUUCAUAUUCAUUUGCGCCUUCGGCCUCGUCACGUUACUGCAGCAGAUUCUCUACGGGAAGAACUACAUCAAGAAUGCGCAACAGUUUAGCCGACUCAAAGGGGACGAGACAGGAAAUUGGACCGGUCCCGUCAAUUUCUCGGAUGACAGACCGCUGAAGCCUGCCAGAAAUGGAAGGAAAAGAUGUUUCCGUCAGAAUAUUCAGCCAGAUUCAAAGAUCUCCGUAGUAGUCACACCCUGCGUAGCCGGUAUUAAGAAGAAAAAAAAACGCUCUCAAAGGUAUCUGGAUAACUAUGAUGGCUCCUUUGAGUACAACUCCACUGCAUGCAGGGAGCUCAGGCAGGAGAUUAUGGACGUCAAAGUCCUGAGCAUAGACAUGGGUAAACGGAUAAUUCAUGGCCAUGGGUAUCGUUCCUCAUUCCACAAGUCUCUCUGCCUGUCUGCCAGGGUGAAAACCUCUGACCUGUUUGAGAGGUGGCGGAACCUGCAGGUGUGUAAGUGGGAGCAGAACAAGGAGGAGGCCAGCAACUUCAAGAUGUCUCUGUCUCGCUGCUGUAACGCUCCUUCCUUCCUGUUCACCACCAAGAGGAACACACCUUCAGGCACCAAGCUGAGGUACGAGGUGGACACCAGUGGUAUCCUCCCCAUCACCACAGAGGUCUUUAAGAUGUUCCCAGAUGAUAUGCCAUAUUCCAAAUCGCAGUACAAGAAAUGUGCUGUCAUUGGAAAUGGGGGCAUCAUCAAGAACAGCAAGUGUGGAAAGGAAAUCGAUUCAGCAGAUUUUGUAUUUAGGUGCAACAUCCCGCCCAUUAUUGAGAAGUACUCAGCGGAUGUUGGCACUAAAACAGAUCUGGUGACAAUAAAUCCGAGCAUUAUUACUGAGAGGUACUGUAGAUAUGAGUCAGAGUGGGGAUUCAGAUCUCUCUCUCACUCUGUGUGUGUGUGUGUGUGUCUUUGUCGUCUCCUCCUUUGGUUUUGGUCAAUUCACAUUAUGCCUUCUCUGCAGAUUUCAGAAGCUGGAGAAAUGGCGACGACCGUUUUACGAAGUCCUCCAGAACUACGAGAACUCCUCGGUGGUGCUUCCAGCCUUCUACAACACCCGCAACACAGACGUCUCUUUCAGGGUCAAAUACAUGCUGGACGACUUCGACCAGCAGCGAGGCGUGUUUUUCUUCCACCCGCAGUACUUGCUCAACGUGCAGCGCUUCUGGGCGGUGCAGGGCGUCCGGGCCAAGAGGCUGAGCAGCGGCCUGAUGCUCGUGACCGCCGCCUUGGAGAUGUGCGAGGAGGUUCACCUCUACGGCUUCUGGGCGUUCCCCAUGAACCCCUCCGGCAUCUUCAUCACCCACCACUACUACGACAACGUCAAGCCGCGGCCGGGCUUCCACGCCAUGCCUCACGAAAUUUUCAACUUCAUCCACAUGCAUACUCGCGGGAUCCUCCACGUGCACACGGGGCAGUGCACGUGAUCCCUCACUCCCCUGCUCCGACAGUCGAAGCACCGUUGAUAUCUUUUUUAUUUGACCUGUCACGUUUUAUGUCAGUGAAUGGGACACUUCACCAUUUUUCUCCGUGUUUAAAACGAGAGUCAACCACACAUUGAAGGUUGCUUGCUUUACCGAACGACAUACUUCUCUUUUAGAUGCAUACCUGAGGUCGUCUAUUUAGCCAAUCAAAUCACUCUGGUUCUCUUUGACUGUCGGACCAUAGGAUGCUUGUUUUUAAUGUGAAAAGUGGUCUACCUAGUGAUGUUGUUUUGUGAAGUUUUCUAGUGGCUCUGCUGUACAGAGUUAUUGUUUUCUACUCGACGUUGCACAGAAUAUUUAUGCUGACAUGGGGCAGCCUCGGUGUCUUUGUGCUGCCUCAUUGCCCCCUCUCUUCUUCUUCUUCUUCUUCUUCUUCUUCUCUAUUUCCUCUUCUGCUCUCUUUAUCUCGGACACUCUGUGGGUGUGGCAGAUUUGAAUAGUUGUGUAAAACAAAGCUUGAACCUUGAUAUCGAGCUAACAUUUAAAAGAAAAUGAUAAAAUUGUAACAUCCAACUGUCUACUUUUUAGAUCUAUUUCUUAUUCACCUGAUUGAUUUGGUGAAUAUUUUAAAACAUUGCUAAAAUGGCCUGUUUUCUGGGGCCUUGGAUGUUUCCGGUUUGAAAAAUGGGGCUCAUUUUCCUUUUGGCUUUGUCGUGAUUUUGGACAAAAGCCAGAAACAUAUUUUGCAGCGACACCUAGUGCAGCGAAACGUUUGACUUCACCCGAUUUGUAAAGAAACAGAGCACUGUUGAGUGACCCAGCCUCUCGCCGUCAUCCUUGUCUUAAGCCAUGCUGCCUUAGGAGAUAUCAAACCCUUCUCUUUGUUAUGCAGUGCACCCAUGCGUUUCGCUUGUCUUCAAAUGCUUCAACAUCGACCUAAAGCGUAGCUGGUCUCUGGAAUGAAAAAGACGUUUUAAGACUCGUUGAGGUGACGACGUCCAUGUGCAACUUAUAUUCUAUUGGAAUUAGUGAAGUCUGAACACCGUUCAUAAUCAUGUAAUGCUCUGCAUGACUUUACUCUGUACUUGGCUUUGUGUGUGCCUGCUUCAAUGAUCACUAAAAUAUGUUUACACUUAAGCCUCUACUGAAUCUCACAGUGCUUGGAGAUAUGUACAUGAACUUUGUCACGGAAACACAAAUGGAUCUUUUGAAGUGAAUUGUAUAAUAGUGGAUGCGUUUCCUAUUGAUUAAAGAUGCAAGAAUGAAGAUGGUUGACGCCCUUUUGUGAAGCGGUACAACACUUUUAUGUAUACUGUGUUAAGUUAUUUCCCCUUUGAACUGUGGUCUAUUUGCACUCAACAAAGCAUUGUGCAUUUAACUAGUGCACUUGAACACAUCAUGGGUUUUCACUGUUUAUUUUGUUGUACACAGCACAAGUUUUUUAGAGACUGUGAAUCAAAUUUUUGUUGAUCAUAAGUUCAUGCUUGGCUGAGCACUUGUCAUAUUCGAACCAUUUGUAUUUAAAAAAUAUUGCUAAUAAUAUUGAAACUUGUUGUUCCAUUUUUUAUCUCAAGUGACAUGAGUUUAGCAAAUAUGAACACCAAAAAUAUUUUGGAUUGACCACAAAUUGUUGUGCAGACACAAAUUAAUCAAGAUCAGUAAAGGAAAGGAACCCUGGUGUGUGUGCAGGAUGAAGGUAAUAUAUUUAACACAGUGCUUCUCAACUGACUCUGGAUAUUUCUUUAUACUGGUAUAGUGUUUGUAAAUAAACUUGUUUGGAUUUUCUCACAUG